AACUCACUCACGUGCACUACGACGCUGCCCGCACCUCCAUCCCCAACCCUCAAACCCAACCUCCCGCGAGAUCUCUCCUCUCCCCCUCACCAGCCACGACCGUCGCCUCAGAUCCGCCACGCCUCUCCUCGCCGACGCGCGCGCUCGAGCGCCCCCCACGCGGGCCGCCAUGUCGCACAACCACGGCGACACGAUCCCGCUCCACCCCUCGUCCGCGCAGUCCGACAUGGACGAGAUCGAGAGCCUUAUCCACGCGGCGGCCUCCCCGGCCACCGUCCUCCCCGCACGGCCGCCCUCCCCGCCGCGCGCGUCAAUCCCCAUAUCCUCCUCCCCAGCCCCGGCGCCCAUCCCCGCGAAGCCCGCGCUCCCCGCCGCUUCCAUCCCGAUCUCGGUGUCCCACGCGCCGCCCGCAUCCGCUUCCGUCUCCGUUGCCAUCGCCUCCGACGGGUUCGGACCCCCGCCGAACACGCUCACCGAGCCCGUAUGGGACACCGUCAAGCGAGACCUCGCCCGCAUCGUCAGCAACCUCAAGCUCGUCGUCUUCCCCAACCCCUACCGCGAGGACCCCGGCAAGGCGCUCAGGGACUGGGACCUGUGGGGGCCCUUCUUCUUCAUCGUCUUCCUCGGCCUCACCCUCUCCUGGUCGGCCUCCGUUAAAAAGUCUGAAGUAUUUGCUGUUGCAUUCGCUGUCCUGGCAGCUGGGGCUAUAAUUCUAACCUUGAAUGUUCUGCUUCUGGGUGGACACAUCAUCUUCUUCCAAAGCCUUAGUCUUCUUGGCUAUUGCUUGUUUCCACUGGAUGUUGGCGCUCUAGUUUGCAUGCUGAAGGACAAUGUCAUACUAAAGAUCAUCGUGGUGACAAUCACGUUGGCAUGGAGCUCCUGGGCUGCCUAUCCAUUCAUGAGUGCUGCUGUUAAUCCAAGGAGAAAAGCUCUGGCCCUCUAUCCUGUCUUCCUCAUGUAUAUCUCAGUUGGUUUCCUCAUAAUUGCGAUAGAUUAAUGCUGGGUGUGAGCUUAGUAGUAAUGUCUAAAAUGCUGAGAUUUUCCUCAUCAACGAUUGAACCACUGGAAUACAUACAAGUUUGAGUAGACAGUGCUACCCGUUGGAGUCUGUGCAUUGUUUCGUCGGGAUUUUGGUCUUUACAUGAGCAAGGUUGUAAAAUUAGUCGAAAUCUAUAUCUGUUGUAAAGAGCAUGAACUUUGGACAGUUUAAUUGACUGUCAAACUUUUCUGAUCUUCAAAGUUCAAAUAUUAGAUACUUAUUUGGUAGUCUUUCGAAUGUA